AUGUGGAAUUUAAUAUGUAAUUACAUUUCGGAAAAAUUAUUUAAUAAGCCGUCGGUUGGACAAAAACGAAAAGGUUACGCUUUAAAAAAUGAUGAAUACACCGAGUACCCACCUUAUAAGUUAAUGAAAUUAGAUACUAAAAAUUCAUUUAAAAUUGAUAAUUCAAAUAAAUAUAUAAACAAUAUGAAAAAACAAGAGUAUACUUUUCAAGUUGAAAAAGAGUAUGAAGUCACCAAUGAUGUUGUACAAAAAAAAUGGGAAUCGUCAUUUAUGUUGGGGAGGCAAUCAAUUCAUGACAGCAAAACAAGUAUUAAUUCAUCAGCUCCCUUAGAUAAAAGGAAACCAAUUUCACAAAAAGUAACAAACUCGCCAAAGCAUUCUCUAAAUGAAACCAAUCAUGUGGCUGGUAAACUAUCAAAGACUAAAGGAGUGUCUAAUAAAAUUAGCAAUCCUAAUCGAACAAAUUCAAGACAAAGUACUGAUAAAUCUAAGUCUACAUUCCAAACACCAAUAAAAAGAAAUUUAAGCUUUUUGCAAGAAAGUUAUCGUUUAUCGGAGAAAGCACAAUACAUGCAAUUACUCCAACAGCAGACUACAAAAUUAAAUUCACUUUUGACACCAUUAACCAUGCAAAAAGUCGGUUUUCAAAAAAUUGAUAAAUCAUCAUCAUCAUCGAUUCCUGUAAUAGAUCUUACCAAAAGUAAAAAUAGUAUUUUUGUCGAUAAAAGUAGGGAAAACAUUCCGAGGACGUCGUCGUGGUCUAAAUCGAGUACUUUACUGCCAGUUGAAACCAACAUCGAUUCAAAAGAAAAAUUUAAAAUUAAUUCUUUGCAAGAAAUGUUGAAAACUUAUAAAGUGACCGACGCCACACUCGUCGACGACAUAUUAUCAAAACAUGCGACGGAAACGGCGAAAAAACAAAAACAAUUGGAAAUAGAAACGGCAAAAUUAAAAGUUUUAUCGGAAAGUAAUAGGAAAUCUUAUGCCAUUGCUUUAGAAGAAAAACUACGGGAAUACAUGAGAAUAACUACGCCCAUAGAACCAUCGAAAGAUAAAUACGAACUUCCCACGCUCAACGAAUUGCAGGAGAAAAGAAUAUCAUCGAUAUUGGUCGGAGCGCCUUCCGGUGAGGUUUUAGUCGAGAAAUACGGUUUGCAAAUAAAAAGGAGAGAUUUACAAACAUUGAAAGGAUUGAAUUGGUUAAACGACGAAGUUAUUAAUUUUUACAUGAAUUUAAUAAUGGAAAGAGGGAAAAAUGAUAAAUUGCCAAGCGUUUACGCUUUCAAUACAUUUUUCUAUCCGAAAUUAAUAUCUGGAGGUCACAGCAGUCUCAAAAGAUGGACUAAAAAGGUCGACAUAUUUUCCCACGAUAUGAUAUUGGUACCCGUUCAUUUAGGAAUGCACUGGUGCAUGUCGGUGAUAGAUUUCAGGUCGAAAGAAAUAAGGUAUUACGACAGCAUGGGAUCUUCAAACAAUUGUUGUCUUCAAGCUUUGUUAUCUUAUUUAAAGGCUGAAAGUUUGGAUAAGAAAAACGUACCAUUCGAAACGACGAAUUGGGAAUUGAUUAACGUUGAUAACAUACCCCAGCAAAUGAAUGGGAGCGAUUGCGGUGUGUUUUCCUGCGUUUUUGCCGAACAUUUAUCAAGAGAUUCGGAAUUGUUAUUUUCACAGGAUAACAUGCCUUAUUUUAGAAAAAAAAUGGCGUUGGAAAUCGUCGAAGCAAAACUUUUAACGUAG